AUGGCAAAUUACGCGACUCUUAACCUUCAGAGACAACUCCAAGAAUAUACAGUACAUCCAAACGACAACUUCUCUGUCGGUUUGAUUGACUCCGACGUCUUUGAAUGGGAACUGACUCUCAUAGGACCUAAGGGUACGCCAUACGAGGGCGGGCUGUUUAGAGCGAAGCUCACGUUCCCCAAAGACUUUCCCAUAAGUCCGCCUACAAUGCAAUUCUUGUGCGACAUGUGGCACCCAAAC